UCGUCUACCACGGGUGUUGUUGCCAUAGCAACCACCCUCCACGCAAGCAGCGGCGGGCAGACAAACGAACAACGGACCGAUCGGAUAGCAGCAGUCGCUGGAAACGACUUGCAACCAUCAUCGCAGUAGGCGUCGCGACGGCCGCGUGUGAUCAUCCAUCAUCGUAACCAGCGCGCGCAAGCGUUGGGCGUUCAUCGUGCUGAUAGAACCAACUCAGCUACGCAACCAACUAGCGGCUAUUUGAAGCGGUACGCGGCAAAUUUCCGGAAGCCUGUUCAUACAUCAAAAUAUUCUAUGGAUAAUUGAUGUUUGGACAGGUUAACGGAUUUUAUAUAGAGGAAGGGAUCUACACAGAGGAAGGGAUUUACACAGAGGAAGGGGUGUAUAAAAAAAAAAACAUGAGUGAACUUUUCGCUCGCUAAAGAGUUCAAUUAAUAAUUUUCUAUAGCUUGCUACAACUGAAGUUGAGUGAUCUCCUUCACUACGCACUAUCCGUGCACACAUGGAAGACGAGAUGAUGCAGCCAUCCCGAAGUGGGUCGAACCGAACCCCUGGAAUCCACGACAAUGGCGCGGACGGUACGACGGACAAAUCAUUAAAAAGGAAAUCUAAAAAAAGUAUUACAAAAAAAAUGCUUUUGGAAGAGCUAUCGGCAAUGAGAAUUGAGCUCACUCAGCUCCGGAACGAGAAAGAUUCUCUGUUGCAAUCUACGACUAUGUCAAAUCCAGCCAACGAUUUCGAGCCUUUCCGUUCGAACACUGCAGAGUCGUACAGUGCUGUUGGUGAAACUCUUCUGGCCAGUGUGAAUAAUAUGUCACUGAGUACAAUGAGCAUACCCGAGUGCAUUCCUUCGGAAGGUGACUCCGACAUAGACAAAAAGGGCUAUGAAUAUUGGAAGAAUAUUCUGUUGGCUUCUUUGAAUCUGAUCCAGGCUAACGAUGAGAAUAUGAAAAUGGAUGUCUUCCGGAUUAAAGCUGGACCAAAGCUCCUUGAAUUGCUUCAAGGAACGAAGUCUUCACCCGACAUGCCUGAUCAAGCCAUUGACCCAUUCUCAAAUGCACUUGCCAGAUUAGAUUGUUAUUUCGGAUCUAGAGCUUACACGCUUUCCCAACGAAGCAAACUUCUGAAUACCACCCAACGGGAUAAUGAAAGCAGUAUCCAAUUUGUUAGACGUGUAGCGGCAUCGGCAAAAUUAUGUGGUUAUGAUAAGGAGGAUGAUGAAAUGGAAGCGGUGGCACGUACAGUGAUAAAAAGUUCGACCGAUAAACGGGUACGGACACUAGCACACAGAAAUUGGAUUCGGCAAGGUUCCCUGAACGAUUUAAUCGACCUUGUACGUGACCAUGAAACAGAGUUAUCGAAUGAGCAAGAGUUCCAGAAAACGCGACAGCCACAACGAACAGCGUCAGUAGCAGCAAUCUCCAGCAAACUAAACCAAAGAGGACAGUACCACCGAAACACAACAGGAAGAUUCACCAAUAUGAUCCGCGGAAGAGGCUCAUUUCAUCGCAAUUCGAUGCGUUAUCAGGGACCAACGAAAUGUGCUUGUUGGCGUUGUGCUAGCAUUUACCACGGUCCUGAGCAAUGCCCGUGCAUCGAGAAAGUUUGUCACAGCUGUAAACAACAAGGACAUCUAGCUCGGUGUUGCCCCUCUGAAAAUCGAACAAGAAUACCAGCCAAGCGUUUGACCAGCGAAGAUAGCGAGGCACCUCCUCGGAAAAUUGCAGCAAUCAAGAACGAACAAGAGACAAAUGUUUUGGAAUCGUCUGAUCCCCGAGCGAUUACUGAUUUAGUAGUCAUUGAUAAAGUUGUCUCAAAUUCACCAAUGCACCAGACUGAAGAGGAUGCUUUUGUGAUUGGAAGAGUCGCUGGUACUCGCGUUAUUUUCUUCAUAGAUUCCGGGGCUCAAGUCAAUACAGUAACAAAGACGCAAUUCAAUAAAAUGCUCGGAAAAGAGUCUACGCGCACACGGGAGUUCCCCAAGUUCAAUGUUCCCCCAGUUGUCCUGUUUUAUAAUAAAGCGAUGCCACCUGCAAGAAAUGUUUACACUCACAUACCUGCUGCAUACAAAGAGCUAGCAAAGCGAAAAUUGGAUGAAAUGCUGCAAUCAGGAAUAAUCGAGAUGGUCACGGAUGAUAUGGAUCGUUCAUUCUGUUCAUCACUCUUGGCUGUACCGAAAGGAUACAAUGAUAUACGGUUGGUCGUGGACCUUAGAGGACCGAAUAAAUGCAUCUACAGAACUCCUUUCAGGAUGCCAACGUUCGAAGAAAUAUUGAUGGAAUUGCACGGAGCAAAAUGGUUUUCAACCAUUGACCUGAAGAAUGCUUUCUUUCAUGUCGUACUUGAUGAAGGCUGUCGCCAUCUUACUAAUUUCUACUCGGGAGAAGAAAUUAUGCAAUCUACUAUUCUUUCGGGAUGUGACGGAGUUGUCAAUUAUCUGGACGAUGUGUUAGUUUUCGGAGAAACAAAGGAAGAACACGACAAAACCUUAAACUAG